CGUUGCUUUUCCCCUUUAGCCAACUGUCUGUGGAAUCCCUUUCCCCUGCGCGCCUCCUUUCUCUCCUAACCAAACACAGCGUUGUUUUAUCUUUGUGCGUCCCAAUCCCCGCAGUCGGAUUGCUCCCUCCUCCCGCUACUUAUCCUAGACAUUUUGGAGUUGACUAAUGCUGCUACGACGGUUACCUGGGAUGACGAUUACAGCGGCUUUUUCAUGCCGGCAUCCACUUCGUAUCCAAACGGACCUUGUAUCCCUUAAAUCAGUCUCCACUUACCCUAAAAUUGCUAUGCUCUCCUUCUGCUCUAGCUCUCAAAUUUCUGGCGAGCUCACUGAUUCAAUCCUCAAAGAGUCAUCAAAACGUGGCCCUCUAAAACCUGGACUAUAUUUAGUAGGAACUCCAAUUGGAAACCUAGAAGAUAUCACAUUGAGGGCUCUCCGUGUUUUAAAAUCUGCUAAUGUGAUACUUUCAGAAGAUACAAGACAUUCUGGGAAGUUACUUCAGUAUUAUAACAUUAAAACUCCCCUCCUGAGUUAUCACAAGUUCAAUGAGUGUCAAAGAGAACAGACGGUGUUAAAGAGGUUGAAACAGGGUGAGAUUGUGGCACUCAUAAGUGAUGCAGGGACACCGGCUAUCAGUGAUCCUGGUGCAGAAUUGGCAAAGUUAUGUGUGGAUGAAAAUAUUCCUGUUAUUCCUAUUCCUGGACCUUCUGCUGCAGUAGCAGCUCUUUCUGCUUCAGGCUUGGCCACGGAUGAGUUUACAUUUGUUGGGUUUCUUUCGAAGCAUAAUAAAUCAAGGAGAGAGAGGCUGAUGGCUUCUGCAAAUGAAACGAGAACGCAAAUAUUCUAUGUUCCCCCGCACAAACUUGCUCUGUUUCUUGAAGAGACUUCAUCGCAUUUUGGUGAUUCAAGACGAUGUGUCAUGGCUCGGGAAAUGACAAAAAUGCAUGAAGAGUUUUGGAGGGGUACUCUGGGGGAAGCAAAAGAAGUGUUUUCAGAUCACCAACCAAGGGGAGAGAUCACACUGCUAAUUGAAGGCAAGAUGAAUCAGUUGAUUGAAACUCCGUCUGAGAGUCAGCUUGAGCAUGACUUGAGAGACCUGAUAUCCAAUGGGCACAGUUUAUCUUCGGCAGUCAAAUUGGUGGCUGAAGGAACAUCGGUGAAGAGAAAAACAGUAUAUUCAUUAGCAUUGAGGAAAUUUGGGAAGCAAAUGGAAGCAGAUGAUCCUUCAAAUUAAAUUAUAUCAUACUCUGAGUUGGAUGAAAGAAGGCAAUGUGCAAAAUUUUCCUCCACUGUUGCUUCAGGAGUUAGUCGAUGCAAUUCUUGUAUGCCAUGAAAGACUAGAGAUAAGAGACUGUAAGGAGAAAUGAGGAUCAGACAGGCAACAAAAGCAGCAAGAGAAAUAGCAUGUAAAAGACGCAAUAGAUUGAAUGCACAAUGUGAUGUUUUGGAUUUGUCUUUAAUAGUGAUUUCUGGGUCGUGCUCUUUUUUGAUAGGUGCAACACUAGUUUAAUUUUGCGUAUGAACAAAAUUUUGACUAACCGCCAAAUUUAUGAAUGGACUUGACCUCUGAA